CCCAUGUCAGGGCAAGCUUUUGAUGAAAAUUUUACAAAUAUCAAAUUUUCCGAGGAAAUUGAAAAUUUUAGAAUAAAAGAAGCUCCUUCAUCAGUGUACUACAUUCCUAACUUUAUUACUGAAGAAGAGGAAAGGUAUCUUGUCAAUCAAGUCGACCACGCACCAAAGCCAAAAUGGACACAACUGUCAAACAGAAAGCUGCAAAAUUGGGGAGGUCUCCCAGAUCCAAAAGGAAUGAUUCCAGAAAAGCUACCCCAGUGGUUAGAAACUUACUGCAAGAGGAUAGCAGAUCUUGGUGCCUUUGAAGGGAAGUUACCUAAUCAUGUGCUGGUCAAUGAAUACCUACCUGGACAAGGUAUAAUGCCCCAUGAGGAUGGGCCACUGUACUACCCGACUGUAACCACUAUAUCCCUCGGAUCCCAUACCUUGCUGGAUUUCUACUACCAUCUCAAGACAAGUGGAGAUGAACAGGAACCUGGGGAGGAAACUUCUCUAGAAAGCCGCCACUUUCUGUCCAUCCUACUUGAACCUCGGAGUCUGUUCAUUUCAAGAGACGAUAUGUAUAAAGUUCAUCUUCAUGGAAUCGCUGAGAGGACAGAGGACAUUCUUACAGAAAAAGUUGUGAACAUUGACCAGUGUAAAAUGUCACUUGGUCUAACUUUACAAAGGACAAGACGCAUAUCACUGACUAUAAGACAUGUUCCGAAAGUGAUGAAGGCAAAGCUAUUAUUUGGUAAAAGAUAGCACUUUUCAUGAGGGGAAUAUGUCCUUUUCUACAUGUAGUAGUUUACAAGAAGUUUUUCUCCAAGUUGUGGAUAUCUGGCUGCACAUGCAGUCUUCCGAAGGCUUCCUCAUGGUGGGGAAUCAUCUUCAAUGGUUUGCUUGUGUUGAAUGCGCUAAUAACCUGUGCCAAUUUUGUUAAAUUGUAUGAACAUCCUUGUCAUUUAUUUUGAAAGAAAGCAUAUUGUUAC